UGUUUCAGUUGUUGAUGUAUAUUCGCUCGCUUCGUUCGUACAAUUUGCGUUGAAUUGUAUAUCGGUUAUAACAUUAUAGCUGAGACAUCCAUUCGUGCAUUUGAAGAGUGUUUUCCGCGAGCGCAACGGAAUACUUACUUAUGUAUUAAAAUAUAUAACCUAGAGUAAGAGCAUAGAUCUUACCUUGGUGACAUUUUGUUCUUCUGAUACUCAAAUAUUUAGUAAAUACUUGUGUAAAAGUGCAAACAUAUGUACAUAAUAAUAAUAAAAAAAAGACAUCGUAGUGAAUUAACAGAAUAUGGCAUGAAGUAAAGAGCAAAGUCAGUCGCGAUAAACAAUAAGCUCGCGUAUAUUAAUGUAUAAAAAGGGAAAAAAAAGAAAAAGCAUGUUCACUUGAGAGUAUAGAGAGCUCAACAUAUUUUAGUGCGCUUAAAUUUUACGAUUUGCGGGGAGUGAGCUUUUUUUGACUUAUUCUCCCGUCGCAGACUUUUCACGGCGAACGCGACUGUAGCUUUGGAUACCCGAGAGUGCUUUUAAAGUACAACACAACUGGCAGAAAAAUGAGUAACGAAUCAACUUCUUGUGAGGUAACAUUGCUUUGUCGACCGGAAAGACAAAACACUGCGGACGUGUCGUCGUCCCCGUUGUUGUUGGUAAAGUCGAGUGACGUGGAAAAACGUUAUCAAAAUCCAAAUCACAACUGCAACAAUAUUAACGACAGCAAUUGCAACUGCAACAACAGCAAUAAUAUCAACGCUACUGUUUCGACAGCAGCUACAGUGGCAAUCGCAAAUUUAAACAACAACAACGUUAAAGUGCGUCUAAGUGCUGGUUAUACGGGGGAACACGUUUCGGAAACAAUCAGAAUGGAUCACAACAAACGCGUCCUACUACGUGUGGCUUUGGAUGUGUUCAUUUUACUCUGCGUGGGAUUUCCGAUUUUAUUCCUUUAUUUAUGGGGCAAGUCUUAUCAUCGCGGAUUCUUUUGUGAUGAUGAGUCUCUCAAACAUCCUUUCAAAGAUUCAACAGUUCCAAAUUGGAUGUUAUAUGUUAUAGGACUAGUUAUACCCAUAGGUGUGAUCACCACGAGUGAAAUAGUGAGAGCGGAGCAUAGUAAACACUCAACAGAAGAUGUCAUUUCAACUCGCCGGUAUGUCUUCAUGGAUUACGAAAUACCCGUUUGGAUGGUGGAAAGCUACAAAAGUAUCGGUGCCUUUGGAUUUGGAGCGGCAGUUUGCCAAUUAAUCACAGAUAUUGCUAAAUAUUCAAUAGGGCGUUUGAGGCCGCAUUUUUUCGCUGUCUGUCAGCCAAUGAAAUCCGACAAGGCUAUAUGCGAUGACCCGAGCAACGUGGGAAAGUACAUUGAGGACUUCACUUGCAGAGGCCUUAACUCCACAGAGCGCAUGUUAAAGGAAGUGAGCCUCUCGUUCCCUAGUGGCCAUUCCAGCUUUACCUUCUACACUAUGGUCUAUACUGCGAUAUACUUGCAAUCCCGAAUGAACUGGCGCGGAUCAAAGUUGUUGAGGCAUUUUUUGCAGUUCUUAUUAAUCAUAAUUGCAUGGUAUACGGCAUUGAGUCGAGUCUCUGAUUACAAACACCAUUGGUCCGAUGUGUUCGCUGGUUCGACGAUAGGAGCGCUCACUGCUGUUAUUGUGGCAAAUUUUGUUUCCGAUUUAUUUAAACGAAAAUCACCCCAGCAGUACCUGUUGCCCCGUACUUCUCAAGACGCUCAACCCCAGACGAUAGCGAGUAAUGGGCAUUGAUUUUUAGUUCUCUAUUUAACAGUAUUCUGCCUCUUAUCCGCCUAGCGAUUUAAACAUUGUCAUUAAGAAAGUAUCUUAACUAUAUGUAUGUUUGUGUGUAUGCAUAUGAAAGUGAUGAAAGCGUCAAUUUAAUCUGCUAUUUUUAUGCACCUACUAUUUAUUGUAUUUUUAUCUAGUAUACAAUUCGAGAAAGAGAAAACAAAUAAUAAAGGAGAUCGUGUUAGUGAAAAUAAGAUAUAUUGACGUAUUAGAUAAGUACAAUACAAUCGAUUAGAGAAUUGGUAUAAAAACUAUACUAUUUUUACAAAUAUUAUGUUUAUUAAAUUGAUCACUUUUUUCCGAAGACUAAGCUACUGUAAUAAGUGUGCAUUAAAAGAAUUCGACCGUGGUUAUUCAAUAAUCACUAUCAUGUAUUAAGAAUUGAAAUCUUUAAUAUGCACAACCAAUAUUAGAUUUAUAUUUAAGAAAAUCCUUUGCAGCUUUAAACAAAUAGUUGUGAUUCAGAAUGGUUCAGUUUUUUUUUUCAAAAAUUAAAUAAAUUAAUUAGUCAAUGAGCAAAUAAAUUAUAGUAUUCAAGCGAUCAUCCUACGAAUGUAUCCAAGCAAAAUAUAUGUAUACAUAUAUGUUUGGCUAUGUAUGUAUAUAUGCUGCUUUAUAUUGCGAUCGCUACUGAAGUACAAGAUAAUCGUUGUAAAAUAUCGGUAUGUAGAAAUGAAAGAUAGAAACAGGAAUAUAAUAAAAAUAUUUUACAAUAUGAUCCUAAGAAAAUAAAUAAUAAUAUUAAGAUUAUCUAUAAAAAGUAA